CAACUGCCAUAAUAGUGGUCUGCAAGUCAAGGGAAGGAUAACAUUACAGCAUUCUUUAGAAGAAGAAAAACACAUUAUCAGCUUGUCAACUAACUCAUAUGUUGAGCUGGGUAAGGAGCCAACUUAAAAAACAACGUAGAACACCUAAGAUAUCCUCGCCAUGAUUAGAAUAGAACGAUUAAUGGAUGCCCAUGGCAAACGCAACGGCAUAAACAUUGUUGUUCUCUGAAGGGCCUUCCAAAGGAUUCAGGAAAACCGGAGAUGACCGUUCACAACCUGUACAUCUUCGACCGGAAUGGCACAUGCCUCCAUUACAGCGAAUGGAACAGGAAAAAGCAGGCGGGCAUCUCCAAGGAGGAGGAGUUUAAGCUGAUGUAUGGGAUGCUGUUUUCCAUUCGAUCUUUUGUCAGUAAGAUGUCUCCAUUGGACAUGAAGGAUGGCUUUGUGUCCUUCCAGACAAGUCGCUAUAAGCUGCACUACUAUGAGACGCCCACUGGCAUCAAGAUCAUCAUGAACACAGACCUCGGUGUGCCCAACUGCAGAGACAUCCUGCACCAGAUAUACAGCACGCUAUAUGUCGAGUACAUCAUCAAGAACCCACUGUGUGUGUUGGGAGACACUCUGCAGAGCGAGCUCUUCAACAGCCGACUUGACUCCUUUGUCCGCGCCCUUCCCUUCUUCAGUGCCCGUGCCGCCUAGACCUGACCCAAGAUGAUCUUAAACAGUUGGGCAUCCUGCUGUGCAAUUAUUUCCGGCCCACAUCACACACUGAUCCCAGCACAGCUACAAAUGUAAAGGUUACGCCAUGCCCUACAGACUAACUGCAACAGAACAUCAAAGUAGAUUGCAUACAAAUAUCACAAUGGCAAUAUGUAUGGUGCUAUGAUGAAGUGGUUAAAUAUUAAAAUUAUAAUCUAUGCCUACAUUUCAUUACUUGUGAGUUAUAUUAUAGGUUUUUCAUAACAUUUUAAUUGGUUUUUGAUCUUGGUGUACUAAUAUAUAGUAGCAUUAUGUAUUUUAUGUAAGAAUGUGUUUAUUUUUAAAAGCAGGAGAAAUAAGGCCUGCUCUCUGACUGUGAAUUGGAUUGAACAUUAAAAAUCACACAGAUUUCAGACAAAA